UGAGUGUAUGUCCCCUCUCUGCAGGUGAGUCGUUCCUCAGCCUGUCUGCAGACAUCGAGGCGUCUUAUAAAGAAUACCUGUCCAACUACUCUAACGUCACGGUGCUGGAGAACAGCUACAAGCAGAAAGAGAUGCUGUGGGACGACAUCGUGAGAGUCAUCAAGGCCUCGGCGCCGGAGGUGAACGCCACGUCUCUGACUUUCUUCCUGGUGAUGCCGGUCCAGAGGAUCGCCCGAUACCCUCUGCUCCUGCAGACCAUCCAGAAGCACACGGACAGACAGCACCCUGCGUACGCCCUGCUGGAGCACACCGCGCACACCUCCAUCGCUCUCAACUGCCGCAUCAACGAGUACAAGCGCUUCAGGGAAGUCGCCGACAAAUACAAGAAGACCGAGACUCUGAGCAUGAAGGACAAGAUGAACCGACUGAACACGCACAGCAUCGCCAAGAAGACGGCCCGGCUGAGCCAGCAGAUCAAACACGAGACGGGGAUCAAACCCAAGGUACGACAUCAGUGUCUGCAUGCUGGGAGCUGUUAGUGGACAUCAAAGCUGUAGUUACACAGCACUGUUCAUACAGCACGUCAGCUCGAAGCGAUUUACAACAAGUUAAAGAUGAACAACAAGAAACUCCCCUCAGAUGUUAAAGACACUUCUUUUUAGAUCAGCUUUUUAUUAGCAACCCCCCACUUCAAAUGUUCUUUUAAUCUUAAUCUUUUUCUUUCUGUUGUCCCUAAACUGUAUGUUCCCUUUGUUUUAUGGGGUUGUAGCACCGACUCAGUUGUCUCAGCUCGUGUCUCCUAACCUGUUAACAUGUUAUAUUUCGCUGCACGUACCUUUCAAAGUUCUUAACAAAUAAUCUGAGUGGAAUUUCUUGUUGUUUGUUUCUAACUUGUGUCAUUUCGUAAAGCACUUUGAGCUGCACCUGCUGUAUGAAAAGUGGACGCCCAUCUGACCUUUGAGGCUCACAUUAAACAGCUGUGCAAGAACUCCUUUUAUCACCUCAGGAACAUCGCCAAACUCCGCCCCACACUCACUCUGUCUGACGCCGAAAAGCUAGUCCACGCCUUUGUCUCCUCCAGGCUGGACUACUGCGAUGCACUCCUCAUGGGGAUCCCUAACAAAAGCAUCCAGAGGCUCCAAUACAUUCAGAACAGCGCUGCUAGGAUCCUGA